AUGGUGGUCAAGUGGAAUGGUGAUGAUGAUAAUGUAGAGGAUGAUGAUGAUGAUGAUGAUGAUGAUGAUGAUGAUGAUGAUGAUGAUGAUGAUGAUGAUGAUGAUGAUGAUGAUGAUGAUGAUGAUGAUGAUGAUGAUGAUGAUGAUGAUGAUGAUGAUGAUGAUGAUGAUGAUGAUGAUGAUGAUGAUAGACAUGUCGAUUACGGUGACGAUGAUUUUGGUAUUUUGCAAUUGGUUUAUUUCAAUUCGAAUGAGCUUGAUAAUUAUUCAUCAGGAGAUAUAAAGUAG